AUGACACAUUCAACGGAUGACAAUCAUCUUAAUGAAACAGCGACUCCUCCAACAACACCAGUCAAUACGAAAAAAUCAACAGUUUGUGGGUCAUGUGAUUGUGAAGUUGUUGAAAAAUCGACACUGGAAGAAGAAGCUCUUGCCGCAGUCAGAGAAUUAGCGUUUGCUGUAAAGAUGAUAGCAAUUUCGGAAAUGCUUCCAAGGACACCUCAACUAUUGUUCAUCAACGUCACCACACUCGAGAAUCACACGCAUUGUAUUGAAUUGACUCAAAAGGGUUGGCGAAUUGCCUCAAAUCGUCAAGAUUGUAUGAAUGGUGACUUCAGGAAUCUUGAUAUUCAUACUCAAUAUUUCGAGACGCUGUAUGCACUGUUGAACACAAUUUCGCCGCUUUACAGGAAGAAGUUCGGAGAUCAGCUUAUUUCAAAACUCAACGAACUUGCGGAAAACCAAUCGAAAGAAUCCGCAUAA